AUGGCGGGUCUCUUGUGGCCAUCCUCAAAACCCUCUGUGUCUUCUUCUUCUUCCACAUCAUCACCAUCUUACUCGCGUCUUUUAUUGUUCGUGACCCUUCUUCCUCUCUCCCUCGCCUGUCUCGCCUUCGUUCUCCAAUGGCGUGGCGAAAUCGACGACCCGGUUACGCAUUGGUCUACGGAUCAUCACGAGUUCCCCGGAAUGGCCUCAAUCCACGAGAAACGGUCCUUGCGUCGCUCAGGUUCUGAUUCGCGCUGCGUCGAUCUUCUAGGUCAGAGCCGUGCCCCUUCGUUCCCCUAUUUCCGGGAUUGGAAUCUCGAUUACCAGUCGGAUCUGAAACCUAAGGCGAGUGAUCCAAUUUGGAUAUGCAUUACAACAAGCACUUCCGCAGGCUUGGAGCAAACGCUGCCAUGGAUUUUCUAUCACAAAGUUAUUGGAGUUUCAACAUUUUAUCUCUUUGUUGAGGGGAAGGCUGCAUCCCCAAACGUGUCUCGAGUUUUGGAGACCAUCCCUGGUGUUAGAGUUGUACACAGGACAAAAGAAUUAGAAGAGCAGCAGGCUAAAAGCCGGAUAUGGAACGAGACUUGGUUGUCGAGCUUCUUCUACAAACCGUGUAACUAUGAAUUAUUCGUGAAACAGUCUUUGAACAUGGAAAUGGCAAUCACUAUGGCUCAGGAUGGUAAUAUGGAUUGGAUAAUUCAUCUUGACACCGACGAGCUUAUACAUCCUGCUGGAACCCCUGAAUAUUCUUUACGGAAGUUGCUGGGAAAUAUCUCUUCAGAUGUGGAUGUAGUUAUCUUUCCAAAUUAUGAGAGCAGCGUUGAACGAGAUGAUAUCAAGGAACCUUUCACUGAGGUGUCGAUGUUCAAGAAGAAUUAUGACCAUCUUCCGAGAGAUGUUUACUUCGGAAGCUAUAAAGAGUCCACUCGUGGAAAUCCAAACUAUUUCCUUACCUAUGGAAAUGGAAAAGCUGCUGCCCGUGUUCAGGACCAUCUUCGUCCCAAUGGUGCUCAUCGGUGGCACAACUACAGGAAGAGUCCAAAAGAGGUCAAACUAGAAGAAAGCGCCGUGCUGCACUACACUUAUCCCAGAUUUUCAGAUCUUACAUCAAGACGUGAUCGUUGUGGAUGCAAGCCCACUAAGGUGGAUGUUAAGAGAUGUUUCAUGCUGGAGUUUGACAGAUCUGCAUUUAUCAUUGCUUCAACCGCGAGUUCAGAGGAAAUGCUUCAAUGGUACAGAGAACGAGUUGUGUGGACGGAUAAACAAUUGAAGUUGAAACUCCUUAGGAAGGGGAUUCUGACCCGAAUUUAUGCUCCAAUGGUUAUAAUCCAAGAGUUGAGAGAGGCAGGUGUUUUCAGCUCCGUGGUAACAUCAGCUCACAUGUCUCUCUCAAAAGAUGGGAACAGCUCUUCAAACACAUUAAGCAUUACUCGAGAAGCAUCUCAAGCAGCUGGUAGGAGGAGGGUUUUGGAACUCCAUCUUGAUCUUGACAGUGAAUCUCAAGAAUCAGCAAUACCACCGCAAUCGCCUCCAGGCUUGGAACCAUUAUCUGAAUAAAGUGUUUUUUUGCUAUACAAAGAAUGGAAUUUUUUAGAAUGAUUUCAGAGUUUUUGAACAUGAGCUCUGGUGUACAUUUCGGAAAGUUUUUAUCGGUUAGGUUAUACACACAGAUGGUUCUACAGAUGAAUAGGGAUUAGAAUAUCAGCAGGGUACUAUUUUAUGUAGAGAAUACUUGAUCAUGUUGAUUCUAUUAUACUUCAAAUACAAAUUGAUCAUGAUUUUAUUACAGUUUGGUGCCUUCAGGGUUCUUGAGUUACUCAGCUGAUGUUUGAAUCCCAAAGUUUACAGAUUCGUCGACUGAUAACUUUUUAGGAAGUAAA